AUGGACAACAAGGAGACGCCGAGGAGACGAAGAGCGGCCGCAUUGGCCGCACAGAAGAACUGGCAGAGACUCGAAGACGAGGACAUCAUCACCGACGACGACAUCAUCAUCAUUGAGCCCAAAGGCACGUCUCAAACAGUCAACAAUGGAUCCGUUGGAACCGUUAGACCGGUGGCCCAACCGGUGACCAAACCAGUGGUCGUGCAGACGCUGCAGAGGAUAACGAUUCCCAACACUAUUAUCAUUGAUAUGAACGCAAACAACGCCAUCAGAGCCCAGAAGAGGAAGUCGACCGUCGAUGUGGACUACAGUCCGGCGCAGGACCUGAUGAGAGGGCGCGACAUACGUGUCAAUCAGUUUGUGAUCAAUCCGUUGACAUUCAGCGGCAAUAAAAUGGUGGCAAAAGUGGUGCCACAAGUGGUGCCACAAGUGGUGCCCAAAGUGUUGCCCAAAAUGGGACCCAAAUCCGUGAUGAUUGGGAGACAACCGACAGCUCUGUCCCGACCCAAUGGUCAGCCAAUGAUCCGCAUAGAAACAGAUCAAUCAAAUCGAGUGAUAGUUAGACAACCAAUUGGUUCGCCGUAUAAGAAGCCUGUGGUCACGAAAUUACAUCCAAACGAACCCAUCAUUUAUCCCACUCUUGAGGGAGAGGUUGAAGAGAUUGUCGGCACUUAUGAUGUGAUUGAAGAGGAUUUGAUAAACAGAACUCGUGAUGUUCGCACCGGUCACUUGGAUAUGGAAGUGGUCUGCGAAUCAGAUUUAGUCGACAACCCAUUGCCUGAAAAAGAUAAUGACAUAGAAGUUGUUGAGGAAGUGAUGAAGGAAUCUGUUGCACCAAAACCUCCACCAAAACCAUUACAGCCUUUGAAUAAAUUGUUGAAUAGAAUUAAACCAAUUGAUGGACACCUGGAACUUACCUUGGCUAGCGAUCGGAGUUUCUUGUCUUACGAUGAGUACAAGAAAGCAGUUCUUUCAACAAAAGAUGUCAAAUAUUUACGCGAAUCUGAAGUGACGGAACCGAUAGGAGUGGUGACAGUAGUGGUGUCCGAGUCUGAGAGAGUCAUCACUGUUCCCCCUCCCCCUCCGCCACCCACUGUCCGGGCCUACACUCGACAGUCUAACGUACAGACGAGUCAAUCCAUUUUGCAUCCCAUCCCAGCCAUACCGGGAAGAGCUAAUCCAAUAAGCGUUCAAAACAACACUCAAAGAACACAACCUCUGAUGCAAGCGAUGCCCACAUAUCAGGUGCGAAAUCAAACUCCAAUACAAAACACAAUACCCAUCAGUAUAGUCCCCGGGACGACACCAAUGGGAACCACAACACCACUAAUAUUAUCGCCACUCGGUUCCAAUCUAAUGGGUUCGCCUAUUCUGCAAAACGGAAUCCCUAUAAUACUGUCGACGUCUCCCAAUAGUCAGCCCACUUAUCUCAUCCCUGCGUCCACUGUUUACUCGUCUAACCAACAGAUGAACUACAUUACAACGAAUGCCAAUCAAAGCAUUCAGUAUCAGCCGCGACCCCGAAUGGGUCGACCCAGACUAAGAGCACCCGCACCCAUGAGUAUGCCUACCAUUCCCACUCCCACAGGCACACGACCCACAGCUUUUAGAUCUCCACUAAUGGGACCGAGAAGUGCCCGCUUCAGAGCCCCCAACACAGGCUUCAGGACACCUAAUCCUGGCUCCAUUGCCACCGCCGCGCGUAUGAACUCUCCCUACAAUUUUGUUCCGCAGACUACGGGAACUAUUGCUGUGAAUACCAGUCUAACGAAGAAUCAACUCUUGGAAACGUUGAGUGUUUUGAAGACUUCUGCCACUAAGAAGAUAAAUAUUAGAUCCGUUUUGGCAAUAAAGCCAUUGCCCAACACCUGGCCAUCAAAUAUCGAUGAACUCAUCGCGUCUCUCGUCAAACUCGACAACGCUUUAAUGAAAGAGAAAUUCAAAGAGUCUCCGAUCGCAUGGAUGGUUAACUCGCAUCUCAUUGUUCCCCCAAAAUGCCAGACCUGUCAGAGAGGUGUUUGCAAUCAAGUGAACAAAACACAGAAUACUCGCUACGAGUAUUGGAAUUGCAAUAACUCGAAGUUUGAUCCCAAUCUUGUGCAACGCCUCGUUUGUGAUCGACAGACCACUGAUAUUCUCGGGCCCCAAACAAGUAACGCGUUGCGCACCAAAGACUCCAAUUUGGGCUCAAAGGCCAAGGAGGUGGGGGUCGCCAGCGUCCGCAUCGCAGACUUCAUGAUAUUGGGCGCUAUGGAGGCGCAGAGCCAUCGCGUGAAGCUAUGUGUCGUUCAAGUGUCUGAUAUGAACGAAAUGAAUGGAAAACCACUAAUAUUCCAUCCGAUUGUCAAGUGGUUAGAGAAAGGAGUGACUGUCAAUACGUGUGAAUCGAAAUUUAUGGCACUUAAAGAGUUCGGCUUUAAAGUAGUGCUUCAGUCAAAGAAUACAUUCUUAACCCCCAAUAAGGGCGCGAAUCUGACGUCAAUCGGUGUAUAUCUGACACACCAUUUGCAGCGAUUUUUUAAAGAUUUCGAUUUAGCGAGCCUUUCGUUGGGUGUGUUGACCAACAUUUUGGAUGAACUCCUGUGGAGAGAGCGCUACGGAAAUAAUCCGUUCACCGCUUUCUAUAACAUCAUUAAACACAUCUCAGAGCAGUGCGGACUCACCAAGGCUGACACUGUGGUCGCCCCUCAAGUGGUUGUUAACAUCCCGAGCUCAGCUCGCGUCCGACACAAACAGCACGAAUACUAUUACUCUUCGCUGCGGUUGAAGAAAAAGUUUGAGAAAACAGAUUCACAGGAAGAAGAGUUGGCCAAAGAUAGCAUUCAAUGCCAUUUGUGUCAAAUGUUUUUCAAUAAUAUUCUGAUUGUAAAGCAUUUGUUGGAUCACUUGGAGAAGGAAAGGGGCGGUCGUGUCAGGAAAGGAGACAAUAAUGAAACGGAAUGUAAACACUGUUUACGCUUUUUCUCCAAUCGGACGCUUCAUAUGCACGAAGAACUGACAAACCUAAAAGUGAUUCCCUAUUCGUGUCGUAUUUGUAUCGUUCCCUUCUAUGCCAGACAACCCUUCAUUCAACACAUGAAAACCAGUCAUUACUCCGGAGAAAUGCCAUAUUAUUGUGACAUUUGUUGCUAUCGUUCAUCGUUUCAAAAGCACCUUUUGGAUCACUUUGAAGAAGAACAUUCCAACGCGAGUCAACUCAUGUGUCCCUUUUGUAUCCGAAUCUUCCAUUUGUCUAAAUUCAAGAAUUUGUCUCAAUUUGUUUACCGACAUCUGCAGAGCCAUUACGCGGUCGCCUCUGUCUAUGACUGCGAUAUGACACAGGAGUUAGAGUUCGAUAUCACAAACUUUGUGGUUCCCGAUGAGGAGAAGCAGUUGUGUGUCAGGGCUCGCGAGGAGGAGCUCUUCACACCGUUUUUGCCUACUGUUGCCAAUAAUAGCGAUGCGCCAAACGCUGCGACCACUGAUGAUAAUGAGCCGAAUUGCGAGUUGAGUUGUGAGCCGAGCAUUGAUGACUUGUUGUCUAUAGAGCCCGAAUGCUUCAUCAGUUUCAACGAACACAGCCCACCCCUCGACAACAUCACUGUUCCCGUAGAUUAUGAUUAUAACGAACAACAGUUGACACAAAUUUUGUCGACGAGUUUCCAAUUGAAACCCGUGUCCGAAGACGUGGAGGAAGGCAUCAAAACUGAGAUAUUGUUCAACGAUAAGACAGUGCUGUGCAUGGAAUGCAAUACUAAUGUCACAAUCAGUCAUUACAACAGUAAGAUUGUGUGCGAGAAAUGCAAUUAUACCACACAUUGUACGGCAGCUAUUGACGAGCACAAGACCAGCGCACACUCAUCAACCCCUCCCGACACUGCACCUCCCGAUUGGAACACCGUUCUCAAGGCUUUCCCUAAUUUGAUCUCAUAUGAUGUCCGUUGCGGUUACUGUGACUGUGAUUUCAGUACCACUGAUGGCAAUCUGAUGGCAAUUCAUAUGAUUAACUCAAAUCACUUGAUAUCUCUCUGCAAACCAUUGCAUCACAAUUUGAAUGAACCGAUUGAACCAAUGGUUGAACCAGAGGGGGAACAACCGGUUGAACCUAUGGAAGCAAUUGAAGAGAAGGCCACUUAACGCUUG